AUGGACAACAACAGCCGUACGAUAGCAGGGGCAAUUACAUUCCGUCCAAACCACUACCCACAACUAGGCGAGGACGCCAUUUGUUCAAAUAGUGAGCACAGUGACUCGCGGUCAUGUAGUCCAGAAAACACAAUCCGCCGAAGAAGAGCAAGUUUUGCUGUCAACGAAACUCCUUCUACUCGGCGCCUCGUCCAUGGGCAGCAGGACAAGGAUGAAGAUGAGUCGGCGUUACUCCGAAGAAAGCUCCGUGAUGCUCACGCCAAGAUACGGCGACAGGAGAUCUUACUUUUCCGCCUCCAGACGGACCCUUACACUGAUCACCAGUACCCGGACACGGUGAUUGAUAGGGAAUACCAACGAUUUAUAUACAGUGUACAGCAGACCGCUUGGAGAAUGUGCGAUAUUAUUGGGUAUAAUGCUGAGAGUCUUUCGGACGCAAUCAGUACCAUGAGAAAAUUGGAACACCACGUGCAUCAGGACGAAAGUAGUGCACCUCAGUUGAGCAUGCUACUGAGUCUCAUAAGAUCCUCGUCAUAUAGCAAAGCGCUGUACCGAUCGAGUGUGGCCAUGAUCGUAUUUCUUACUUUUGAGCGAUGGGCCUUUUCACCGCGGAAUAUCUCAGCCAGCAUUGCCCCAGAUGAGAAUGUGGCCUUCAAAAGUAUAUUCCAACGGUUCCUCUCAAACAUCGAAAUAGAUCAUCCAUCAGAUCAAGAUACCAUGGCUCGGUUAAAGGAUGCAGAGGAAUGGCGACUCCAGACAGCUCUUUACAUAGCGCGUUCAAAGUCUGCCUCUGACGGUAGGGAACUUACAAAGCAACGAAUCUUGCAUGAGCUGUGUCAACUUUUCGUGACCCGCGAUAAUUCCUCUGAAAUGGGAAGUGUUCUCUCGGGGCUCAUUGACAGUGGUAUCAAUCUAGCAGGCUUUCUGCAGGAACGUCAAAGUAUCUAUUACUUUGUACGGCUAAAGGGCCGCUAUGAUCCUGAGAUUAUGGAGUUUCAUGAGCCUCAGCAGGCUGAGUGGCCUCUUCACCAAGGAAGUAACUCUGAGGUAAUGGUUUGUAUAUACCCGUCCUUAGUAAAGCUUCUAGCUUCACCACCAUUUACCUUCCAUGUAUCCAAAGGUAAGGUACUUUGCCGUCCUACCCCUGAUGGGGAAAAAUUACUCUAUGGUCCCCCAACAAGAAGAUGGACCACAUAA